AGCACAGUUCGACUCCUGAUUAGUUACAAAUUCUUUGAGUUGGAGGCACCCCAGAUUCAUCAGUUAAUGCGGACAUCAUUGAAGGGCUGUCGGUGAUCUAAAAUGAGGCCUUUAGCUUCAUUGAUUUGGUUUCAGCCCUUUUGUUUUAUCUCCAUUUUGGUGGCUUUACAAGUCUUGGUUGGUGUUCGAGUUCCAAGUGGUCGAAUUGUGAAAUUCUAAGUGUUGGGAGUACUUGGUAUUUAAAGCGUGCGCAGAAAAGAUGCAUGUGCAGGCACAUAUGUCGGGACAGAUUUCAGGGCAGGUACCAAAUCAAGCUGGUUCCCAGAUGUCUGGUCUACCUCAGCCAAAUGGAAAUUCUCUACCUUCACAGACACAAAGCUUAGGUAGUUUUCGUAGUACAUGCAAUAUGGAUCCUGAGUUUGCCAUGGUGCGCAAAUAUAUGCGGGAGAGAAUCUAUCAUCUUUUCCAGCAGCGACAACCGACAUCUCAUGAAAUGCAGUCAAGGAUACCGGAUAUUGUAAAACGCUUGGAAGAAUGUCUGUUUAAGACUGCCACCUCAAAGGAGGAAUAUAUGAACAUGGAUACAUUAGAGCAUCGCUUACAAGCUUUGCUCAGACGCUCAUCUGCCGGUAGCCACAACCACUAUCUUAUUUCAUCUUCCUCAUCCAUUGGUACAAUGAUACCAACCCCUGGCAUGCCAAGUAGUGGAAGCUCAAAUGCAACUGUUAAUUCGAUGGAGAAUUCCAUAAUUGCUCCCAAUGCUUGUAAUUCAGUAGCACCAAACACUGUAAACACAGGAAGCUUGUUGACCACUGCCAAUGGGUCUGUUGGUGGCAUUCAUGGCGGUAGCUUUAUUCCAUCUGAUGGAUCCCUAUCUAAUGGAUAUCAGCAAUCACCUGCCAAUAUUUCAAUUUGCUCUGGUGGAAAUAAUAUGAUGUCAUCAAUGGGUGUGCAAAGAAUUGCAAGCCAAAUGAUUCCUACACCUGGAUUGAUUAAUACCCAGUCCUCCAUGAAUUCUGAAUCCUCUAAUAAUGGUAUUGGGUUUUCCAGUAUUGAAUCAACAAUGAUGUCACAGCCCCUGCAGCAGAAGCAAUACAUUGGUGGUCAAAACAGCCGUAUAUUGCACAGCCUUGGAUCACAAAUAGGCAUUAAUAUGAGGUCUGGCUUGCCGCAGAAACCUUCGUCCUAUGGGUUUUCAAAUGGAGCUCCAAAUGGCGGGUUAGGUUUGAUGGGUAACAAUAUGCAACUGCUGAAUGGGCCUGCAGCAUCUGAGGGUUUUCCUGUUGCCUCUCCAUAUGGUAGUUCACCGAAGCCUUUAAAUCAGCACUUCGAUCCACAACGUCAGCAACAAUUGAUGCAUACUUUGUCCCAUCAAAUGAUUCAAUCUGGAGGUGAUGUCUAUACCAUGAAUGCUGCUGAUCUAUCUGGGUCAGGAAACUUAUAUGGCCCUGGAACGUCUGUUGGACCUACUAUUAAUAACCAGAGUCCAAACCCAGCGAGCUUGCAGGCUCAAUCAAAACCCAGUUCUUUAAAUGCCUCUCAAGUUAAUUUGGAGGCAUUACAACAGACUUCACAUGAAAAACCCCUAGAUGUUGAUCAAUCAUCAAAGAUGAAUUUCCAAUCUCACCAAUCAGGUAUAGAGAAUUUUUUACGGUCCCAUCAACAGAUGCAGAAGUUUCAGCAACAGCCUCAUCAGCUUCAACAACAACCAUUUUUUCAACAUCGACAAAAGCAACAAUUUCAGCAGCAGCAGCAGCAGCAUCAACAGCAGCAACUUUCGAUGAGAAAUGAUGGUAUCAGACAGUCUCAGUUGGCAUCAAAUAUACGUGGUCAAGUAUCCUCGGAGCAUGGAACAGAAUCCCAUAAUGAAAUCCUGCAUGCGCAGGUUCAUGAACAAUUCCAGCUUUCUGAGUUACGGAAUCAAUUUCAGCAGAAUAAUGCUACUGAUGACCGUAUAACAUGUGCUCAGUUGCUUUCUCAUCCAUCUAGCCAACAGGAUUUCUGCUCAUCAAUUUCUCAGGAUUCUCCUCAAAUGCAACAAUUAUUACAUCCAAAUCAGCAGGUGGUGGAGUCCCAAAACCAUUUUAGUUGCAUCCCUUCUGGAGCACAAACAGAAGCUUUACUUCAGGGCCAGUGGCAUCCUCAAUCACAGGGAAAGUCUCGUGUAAAAGAUUUUUCUUCACAUGACCAGAAUGUCCAGGAGGAAUUCCAUCAACGAAUAAGAGGACAAGAUGAAGCUCAACGACCUCAUCUAUCCUCAGAAGGAUCUAUCACUGGUCAAAUCUCUGCUUCAAAAAAUACUAUGGUGCGCCCUACUUUAAGUGAUGCAUCCUGUAGGCCUGGAAAUGCAACAGAACGGCGAUGGAGGAAUCAGCAGAGAUGGUUGCUGUUCUUGGAUCAUGCCCGUGCAUGUUCAGCUCCAGAAGGAAAGUGCCCAGAAGUUAAUUGUGUAACUGUACAAAAGUUGUGCAGGCAUAUAGUGAGUUGCAAUGUUGAUAAUUGUUCAUAUCCUCGCUGCCAACCCUCCAAGGCAUUGCUUCUACAUUUCAGAAGUUGCCGUGGGCCAGAGUGUCCUGUUUGUGUUCCUGUGAAGAAUAUUUUACGAUUGAAUCGUCAGGCUCACACUCGUCUCUCAUCUGUCAGUGGUUUACCUAAUCAGAUCAAUGGGUCUUGGAAAUCCUUUGAUACUGGAGACACUGCUAAACUGGCUUCAAAAACUAUUCUUUCAACUGCUGAAACUUCAGAAGACCUACAAUCCUCAGUGAAACGCAUAAAGUUGGAGCAUCACUCGCCGAUUCUUAUGCCCAAGGGUGAAAGUUCACUAUUUUUGGUGUCUGCGAUGAGUCUACCUCUUGCGCCCCAAAAUGCUCUGACCCAAGUAUGCCAACAGGUUGACAUGUCUAUGCCUGUUAAAUCUGAGGUUACAGAAGUGAAGACGGAACCAUUUGUAAAUUCUGGUCAAAGAAGUCCUAAUUUCAGUGAAAUUAAGAAGGAUGGUUUAGAUGACAGCUACAAUGAGAGACCUGAUGAGUUUGCUGACCUUGCUAAUCAAGAAAGCAUGGAAGUUGAGAAAGAGAUUGAGCAGGCUAAGCAGGAAAGAAAGCAGGAGACGUUACCUUCCGAACAAGCUGCUGGAACCAAAUCAGGAAAGCCAAAAAUAAAGGGUGUAUCAUUGACUGAACUUUUCACUCCGGAGCAAAUUCGGGAGCAUAUUAUUGGUCUCAGGCAAUGGGUUGGCCAGAGUAAAGCAAAGGCUGAAAAAAACCAGGCAAUGGAGCGUUCAAUGAGUGACAAUUCUUGUCAGCUGUGUGCAGUGGAGAAACUUACGUUUGAACCUCCUCCUAUAUAUUGCACACCAUGUGGUGCACGCAUCAAGCGGAAUGCCAUGUAUUAUACCAUGGGAACUGGUGACACACGACAUUACUUUUGUAUUCCUUGCUACAAUGAACCUCGUGGAGACAUCAUUGAGGUUGAUGGGACUACUAUUCCAAAGGCAAGGCUGGAGAAGAAAAGAAAUGAUGAAGAAACUGAAGAGUGGUGGGUUCAAUGUGAUAAGUGUGAGGCUUGGCAACAUCAAAUAUGUGCUCUUUUCAAUGGUCGAAGAAAUGAUGGGGGGCAAGCUGAAUACACUUGUCCUAAUUGCUACAUAAAAGAGAUUGAAAGGGGAGAGCGUAAGCCCUUACCACAGAGUGCUGUUCUUGGUGCAAAGGAUUUACCCAGAACAAUCCUCAGUGACCAAAUAGAGCAGCGACUUUUUAGGCGACUGAAGCAGGAGAGACAAGAGAGGGCAAGGCUUCUGGGGAAGAGUUACGAUGAGGUUCCUGGGGCAGAAGCACUUGUAAUUAGAGUGGUAUCAUCUGUGGACAAAAAGUUGGAAGUAAAGCAACGGUUUUUGGAGAUUUUUCAAGAAGAGAAUUACCCAUUGGAAUUUCCAUAUAAAUCAAAGGUAGUUCUGUUAUUUCAGAAGAUUGAAGGUGUAGAAGUUUGCCUCUUUGGCAUGUAUGUUCAAGAAUUUGGUGCAGAAUGCCAGUUCCCAAAUCAGCGGCGAGUGUAUUUGUCGUAUCUGGAUUCUGUCAAAUACUUCAGACCUGAAGUUAAAACAGUUACAGGAGAGGCUCUUCGUACAUUUGUUUACCACGAAAUUCUUAUAGGAUACCUUGAAUAUUGCAAGAAACGGGGUUUCACCAGUUGCUAUAUAUGGGCUUGCCCACCAUUGAAGGGUGAAGAUUAUAUUUUAUACUGUCAUCCUGAAAUUCAGAAGACACCAAAAUCCGAUAAACUCAGGGAAUGGUAUUUAUCAAUGUUAAGAAAAGCAGCGAAGGAAAAUAUAGUGGCCGAGCUGACUAAUUUAUAUGAUCAUUUUUUUGUAUCUACUGGUGAAUGUAAAGCUAAGGUAACUGCAGCUAGACUGCCAUAUUUUGAUGGUGAUUACUGGCCUGGUGCUGCGGAGGAUAUUAUUAACCAGCUGCGUCAGGAAGAAGAUGGAAGAAAGCAACAAAAGAAAGGAAAAACCAAAAAGACUAUAACAAAAAGGGCCUUGAAAGCUGCUGGGCACGCUGAUCUUUCUGGCAAUGCCUCAAAAGAUGUUUUACUAAUGCAGAAACUUGGUGAAACUAUCUGUCCAAUGAAGGAAGAUUUUAUCAUGGUUCACUUGCAGCAUGCCUGCACUCACUGUUGUAUUCUUAUGGUGUCUGGAAAUCGUUGGGUUUGUAAUCAAUGCAAACAUUUUCAGCUUUGUGAUAAGUGUUAUGAAACUGAACAGAGAAUUGAAGAGAAGGACAGACAUCCAAUCAACAGUCGGGAGAAGCAUGCACUCUUCCCCGUGGAAGUGACUGAUGUACCUUCAGAAACAAAGGAUAAAGAUGAGAUUCUUGAAAGUGAAUUCUUUGACACUAGGCAGGCGUUUCUGAGUCUUUGUCAAGGAAACCAUUAUCAAUAUGAUACUCUACGACGGGCUAAGCAUUCGUCAAUGAUGGUCCUGUAUCAUCUUCAUAAUCCAACUGCACCUGCCUUUGUGACAACAUGCAAUAUUUGCCAUCAUGACAUUGAAGCUGGUCAGGGAUGGCGUUGUGAAAUCUGCCCUGAUUAUGAUGUAUGCAAUGCAUGUUAUCAAAAGGAUUGUGGGGUUGACCAUCCUCAUAAGUUGACAAAUCAUCCCUCUAUAGCUGAGCGUGAUGCACAGAACACAGAAGCUCGACAAAAACGAGUUAUACAGCUUAGGAAAAUGCUUGACCUUCUGGUGCAUGCUUCUCAGUGCCGCUCUCCACAGUGCCAGUACCCGAAUUGCCGCAAAGUUAAGGGGCUUUUCCGCCACGGCAUUCAAUGCAAAACUCGUGCUUCUGGAGGUUGUCUUCUCUGUAAGAAAAUGUGGUAUCUUCUUCAACUUCAUGCUCGAGCUUGCAAAGAAUCUGAAUGCCAUGUACCACGAUGCAAGGACUUGAAAGAACAUUUAAGGAGGCUGCAGCAACAGUCUGAUUCUCGGCGGAGGGCUGCAGUGAUGGAGAUGAUGAGACAACGAGCAGCAGAGGUUGCAGGGAGUACAGGAUGAUGAAUUUGCACAUAAUGACAGACUUUUGGGACA